AUGGGAAGACGAAAGAUAACUGAUGAAAAAACAGCUAAACAAAUUCGUGGUCCUGGUCGUAAAGCAAAAAAACAAGGUGAACCAACUUUUCCAAAAGAAUUAACACAAACAAAAUCUACGGAGAAGAAAAAAAUAUCAAGUCGUGGCAAACAACGUGCACGUAAACGUCUUCAAAAAGAACAAUUAAAACAAACAAUAAAAAAGAAUACAAAACUUAAAACGACAACAAAACGUCAAUCAGAUGGUGAAUCAAAUGAUGAAGAACAAACAAAUGGAUAUACCGAUGAAAAUCAACAAUGGCUUAAACCAAAAAAGAAAAAGGAAUUAUUUGAUGAUGAUCAAAAUGACGAAGAAUCGAUGGAUGACGAUGCUCCAUUGAAUGAUGAAUUUAAUGAAAUGGAAAGUACAAGUGAAGAAGAAGAAGAAGAUAAUGAUAAUGAAGAACCUAAACUUGAUAUUGAAAAACAAUCAAAAAAAUUACGUGAAAAACAACGUCAAGUAAAAGAACGUGCUGAACAAGAAUUAUUAACAAAUAUUCAACAACAUGAAAAAGUUCAAUUUCCAAGUGGACAAGAAGUUACAAAAGAAGCUCCACAAGCUGAUUUACAAUUAUUAAUGCAUCGUAUUCGUGAAGUUAUUAAUGUUUUAAAUGAUUUUAAAAAUAAACGUGAAGCAAAUAGAUCAAGAAAAGAAUAUCUUGAUUUACUUAAGCAAGAUCUAUGUAAUUAUUAUUCAUACAAUGAAUUUUUAAUGAAUAAAAUUAUUGAAUUAUUUCCACUUGCUGAAAUUAUUGAUUUUUUGGAAGCUAAUGAAGUUCAACGACCCGUAACUAUUCGAACAAAUACAUUAAAAACACGUCGUCGUGAUCUAGCUCAAGCAUUAAUCAAUCGUGGUGUUAAUGUUGAUCCACUUGAUAAAUGGACUAAAGUUGGUCUUGUUAUUUAUAAUAGUCAAGUACCAAUCGGUGCAACACCAGAAUAUCUUAGUGGUCAUUAUAUGCUUCAAGGUGCUUCAAGUUUUCUACCUGUAAUGGCAUUAGCACCUCAACCAAAUGAACGAGUUUUGGAUAUGUGUGCAGCUCCAGGUGGAAAAGCAACUUAUAUUGGUGCAUUAAUGCGAAAUAGUGGUAUAUUAGUAGCAAAUGAUGCUAAUAAAGAUCGCGCAAAAGCUAUCAUUGCUAAUACACAUCGAUUAGGUAUAACAAAUACAAUUGUAACAAAUCUUGAUGGAAGACAUUUUUCUGAGCAUAUGGGUGGUUUUGAUAGAUGUCUUGUUGAUGCACCAUGUAGUGGUGCAGGUGUUAUAGCAAAAGAUCCAGCAGUUAAAAGUUCUAAAGAUGAAAAAGAUAUUCAACGAUGUUUUACUGCUCAACGUCAACUUCUAUUAAAUGCAAUCGAUUCUAUUAAUGAAAAUUCAAUAACUGGUGGAUAUAUUGUUUAUUCAACUUGUUCAAUCUUAGUUGAAGAAAAUGAAGCUGUAGUACAAUAUGCAUUAAAUAAUCGACCAGUAAAACUUGUUGAAACAGGUUUAGAAUUUGGUGUAGAAGGUUUUACAAGUUUCAAAGGUACAUCAUUUCAUCCAUGUAUGAAAUAUUGCCGUCGAUAUUAUCCACAUUUACAUAAUUUGGAUGGUUUUUUUGUUGCUAAAUUAAAAAAAUAUUCAACAAAACAAGGCAAUAAAAAAGAAUCUGAAACAACACAAAUAGACAAGAAAACAAAAGAAGACGAUUCAAUGGCCGAUGAUUAA